CACUUGGCCACGAGAAAUGAUUGGGGAGGACCGGAGGAGGACACGUGUCGAUUUGUCCGAGGAAAGUCUCGCUGAGAGGCCGACCUUCCAGAAGCUUCUGCCCAACUACUGGCUGUAAACCUCCGAGCCAUCGAAUGGACAGAGACGAGCCACGUCACAUCCCCACCACGUCAGCAUCCCGCGUGGCACCCUCAUUCGCCCGAAAUUGAUACUCCACCAGUUACUAUUUUUCUGAAUUUUUCUCACCAAACGCACUCACAAUACACAAAAUUACAAAAUUCUCUCCUUCCAACUACUUUCGAUUUUUCGAAGAGUGAUUUUUUUUUUCUGUAAUUUUUUUGGGGUUUUAUUUUUUCUGUUUCGAGAUUUUUUUUUUUUUUUGCUCGGAAUGAAUGGAAAUGGUGGAGGUGGAAGUGGAGGGAGUGUGGAAAUGGAGAGAGUAGUGUAUAUGUGGGGAUAUUUGCCGGGGGCUUUGCCGCAGCGCUCGCCGUUGUUGUCGCCCGUGGCGGUGAGUCUUCCGCCGACUAUUGGUGCCGGAAGGUUCUGGAGAGAUGUUUGCGGCGGUGGUUGCGGUUUUGCUAUGGCCAUUUCAGACUAUGGGAAGCUUAUUACUUGGGGUUCUACGGAUGAUUUAGGUCAAAGCUACGUGACAUCGGGGAAGCAUGGAGAAAUGCCAGAGCCUUUUCCCCUUCCCAGUGAAGUUUCAGUAGUAAAAGCUGCUGCAGGUUGGGCACAUUGUGUUGCUGUUACAGAGAAUGGAGAAGUUUAUACAUGGGGGUGGAAAGAGUGUGUCCCUUCUGGCCAGGUUUAUGGAGAGCCAUCUAUGGGACUAAACGUAAAGAAGGAUGUAAUUGAGAAGCAGACUACUACAUUCACAGACCAAGUAAGCCCUCGCUCCCAGGGGUCAAGAUCAACUGGUGGUAAUAUGUCUGGUUUUGAUAGUGGAGGGGUUAGGGGAGAUGAUGGUGCAAAAAGAAGACGCAUGUCAUCUUCUAAACAAACUGCAGAGGGCUCACCGUCAUCUGAUGAAAGUCUGUCAGCGCUGCCUUGUUUGGUCACAUUGAACCCAGGAGUAAAAAUUGUUAGUGUUGCAGCUGGUGGCAGGCACACACUAGCGCUGUCAGUUCCAGAUAUGGGACAAGUUUGGGGUUGGGGUUAUGGAGGUGAAGGGCAGCUUGGUUUGGGAUCUCGGAUUCGCAUGGUGUCCUCUCCACAUCCUAUUCCUUGCAUUGAGUCCUCUCCCUCGGUAAAGGAUAGAGGAAUUGGCGUUUCUCAUGGAAGUAUGGGUUUAGAAGGACAAGGCCUUCGAGUUCCUGGGAGUUAUGUGAAAAGAAUUGCUUGUGGAGGCCGCCAUAGUGUUGUUGUUACAGAUGCUGGGGCACUACUUACUUUUGGUUGGGGACUCUAUGGACAGUGCGGCCAAGGAAGUACUGAUGAUGAGCUAAGUCCUACUUGUGUAUCUUCGUUACUUGGCAUCAAAAUAGAAGGUGUUUCUGCAGGACUCUGGCACACAGUAAGCAUUUCUGCAGAUGGUGAUGUAUAUGCAUUUGGUGGCAACCAAUUUGGGCAGUUGGGAACUGGAGGCGACCAAGCUGAGACUCUCCCCCGGCUUCUUGAUGCUCCAAAUUUGGAAAAUGUGAAUGCAAAAGUUGUAUCAUGCGGAGCACGCCACAGUACUAUAGUUACAGGUAUGAGGAUGGCAAAGUGUUUUGCUGGGGUUGGAAUAAGUACGGCCAGCUUGGUUUGGGUGAUGUAAUAGACCGCAAUAUUCCUGCCCAAGUACCAAUCAAUGGCGGCACUCCAAAAAACGUGUCAUGUGGAUGGUGGCACACCCUAUUACUAGCUGAAUCGCCUGCUUAAAUGCAUGCCCAUCUCAAUGAUGGGGAACAAUUUUGUUAGGUUAGUGGUUUAGUUAUAUGUGGAUGUGAAUACAGUAGCUUGUGCAGAUUUACAUGUAAGCUUGUAUUCAUUAAUUUCAUAGCCAAGGUUCAGUGAGUAAGGAUCUGUUCUUAGGAGCACCUCAAAGAAACACACUUUGGUUGUAUGGAAUUAUAGAUGAUUUUGCAGUUUGCAGCCUGCUCCUGCUGUGCUGCAUAUAUUCUCAUUAAUUUAUACACAUAAGAAAAUGUAUUUGCAAA